AUGACGGAUGAUGACAUGCAAAUGGUUGUAGAGAAAAUUUUCGGACAACAGAAAACAAAAUGUACUGGAUUCAUCUUACGUGAUAAUGCCUUGACAUCAAUCGGCAUGAAAAUGUUCGUCGACGCAUUACUUGCGACACGAACGAAGUUAAAAUAUCUUAAUCUGUCGAAUAACCCAAAUGUAGGUGACGUUGGCAUUGAACAUUUAGUGUAUCUGUUGAAAAAAACUCGAUCAAUAACUUUUCUGGCCUUAUCCAACACGGGUAUAACUGAUCGAAGUGUUCGAUUACUAGCGGAUUUACUUUGUGAUGUUGAUGUUGAUGCUGAUAAUGAUUCAUAUUGUCCACAUCUCGAAAAACUUUAUUUAUCUUUCAAUGAAUUUUGUCAAAAUGAUGAUUCUUGUCCAGUACUAUAUUCAUUUUGGUUACCUUUAUCUGAUGGUGAAUUACUUGACAAUGAAUUAGGAAAAACCAGUUUAACAACAAUUCAAACAGAAAUUAAUAAUCACGAUGAAUUAUCAUUAGAAGAUAAAACAACAACACCUAAACCUGUCAGUUUUGCAAAAGUUAUUUAA